AUGGCCCUGAUCUACUCGCUGUACAUCAUCAACAAGUCCGGCGGCCUGAUCUUCCACAAGGACUUCGCGCCUAUCUCGCGCGUGGACCUCAACGACUCCCUGCGCCUGGCCAGCAUCUGGCACUCCCUCAACGCCAUCUCCGUGCAGCUGUCUCCAGUGCCCAGCUGCACCGGCAUCGAGCUCCUGGAGGCCGAGACCUUCAACCUGCACAGCUUUCAGAGUGUCACGGGCACCAAGUUCGUGCUGGUGGUGGACCCCAGGGCCUCCAGCGUGCCGGCGUUCCUGCAGCGAGUGUAUCAAUUGUACACAGACUACGUGCUGAAGAACCCAUUCUACGAGGUGGAGAUGCCCAUACGGUGCGAGCUGUUCGACGCGCACAUCGAGGCGGCUGUACAGAAGUACCCCAUGAUGUCAUAA